AUGGUGACAUGGAGUUUUUCUUUUCUGACAACCGUGGUCAUGGACCCGGCCUUUCACAAAUUCAUCCAACAGCUUUGGAAACUGGAAACACUUAAUGGGAUUAAAGAAUGGAUUAUAGAAUGGCUUAUCAAACAACAAGUUGGAGAGGAUGGAAUGCAAGUGAUUGCCAUUUUGGUUUGGUAUAUUCGCUUCUUGCUUGAGCUAGCCGACUCGGAGAAAAGUAGCCGAAUACACUUGAAACUUACUCCUAAGGCGAGGUGCUUUUGCGAGAGCAUGUUUGUCGUGACAUGCGCGGUGAUGACUCAUCGCAUUCAGGAUUUAUACAUUCUUAUUGCAAAGUUUUGUGCUUGCUUUCAUAUUAUUCCUCUGGUCAAUCUUAUUGGGGCGAACGACAACUUCGGAUUUGUUGAUUGCUUCAAGGCUUUGUUGCUUGAGGUGGGGCUAUGCAUUGGCAAACAAUAUUGUGCAGAUUACGCUCCACUAGUCAUUGCUAUUGUUUUAAUCCUUGCUUUGUAUCUCAAGGACUAA